AUGAGUAAGGUCACAUUGUCUCGCGAACGUUAUACAAUCGGUGUCAUCUGUGCUCUUUUCGAGGAGAAGGCGGCUAUGGUGAUGAUGCUCGAUGAGAAGCACGAACCCCUCGAGCAGAAGUCUGGCGACAACAACAGCUAUACUUUGGGAAAGAUUGGCCAACACAACGUGGUUAUUGCUUGCCUGCCUGGCGGCCAUCAAGGCAAGGCAGCCGCUGCGACUGUCGCCGUACAUAUGAUGCAUAGUUUCCCCAUCAAGUUCGGUCUCAUGGUCGGCAUCGGCGGCGGUGUACCUAGUCGGACCCUCGAUAUUCGACUAGGCGACGUAGUGGUGAGUAUACCAGAAGGCACACACGGGGGCGUGGUGCAGUAUGAUCUUGGGAAGCUGGAAUUGGAUGGCCUCCAUCGCAAGGGUCACCUGGACAAGCCUCCGAAGGCUCUUUUGAGCGCGAUCACGUCGCUUCGGGAGAAGCAUGUCUGGAUGGAACCCGAACUCCCACAACACCUGACUGCAAUACUAAGCAACCACAGGAUGGCCAAGCGUUUCGGAUUCCAGGGUGCGCAGCACGACAGAUUAUUUGAAUCGAACGCCUUCCAUCCGAGGAACCAAACCGACUGCGAUCAUUGCCUGUCCGCUCUUCCAAUCGUGCAGCGCCCCGAUCGCGAAGAUGAUACGCCUCAGGUCUUCUAUGGCACUAUUCUGUCAGGAGACAUGGUGAUAAAAAACGGCCAAGAGAGAGACAGAAUUGCAGCAGCUGAGAAGGCCAUUUGCUUUGAGAUGGAGGCGGCUGGGUUGAUGAACGAUUUCCCUUGCUUGGUGAUCCUGGCAGCAGUUGAUGGAAAAGCAAGAUGA